GUCCGUGCAUUCAGGUGGGUUUGCGGUGGAGACUGUUGGGUGGUAGGUAGUGUGGCCACCUCUUGACAAGAGAAAAUGGCUUAUCUGGCAAAAGAUACUCAAAGGUCGUGCGUCUGUGAUGACUAUUGGCCUUGCAGUAUGCAACUCCUUCUGAAGUAAAAAGACAAAAGGCGGAAAUUUCGUACCCAGUGAUCAGUUGCGCGUGGUUGGUCAUCGUUAUCACUUGCGACCUGCUUCUAAUGCCACCGCCCACGAAGUCAUUGUACCAUUGCAGUACUUGUCGACGACGAUCCUGUGCUCCGUUGACAGUUGAGUAACACCUUUGGUAUUACCGGUUGUUUCGACAUCGAGGUCGUGACUGGGGAAGGGAAGGCCAUGUCCGAAGUUGCGAAGUUGCGAAGGUGAUGGAGGGCUCUGGGGACAAGCGACAUGAGAAUUUGGACGAGGAUGGGUACAACUGGCAUGCGCAGUCGGUGGAAUCCGUGAGCAAGGCGUUGGGGACGAAUCCAAACCUGGGCGUGUCGGAUGGGCGGAGUGCAGAGCUGCUGAAGCAGCACGGUUACAACGAGCUGAAGGGGCAGGCUGGGGUGAACCCAUGGAAGAUCUUGCUGCGGCAGGUCUCGAACGGCCUGACGGCCGUGCUUGUCGUCGCUAUGGUUGUAUCCUUUGCAGUGAAGGAUUAUGCCGAGGCGGGGGUUCUGGUAAUUGUGAUUGCGUUCAAUACAAUCGUGGGGUUUGUGCAAGAAUACCGCGCCGAGAAGACCAUGGAUGCAUUGCGGAAAAUGGCGUCACCCUCGGCGAAGGUGAUUCGAGACGGAAGCCAUCACCGAAUCUCGAGCAGGGAUGUGGUGCCCGGGGACUUGUUGACGUUCGAGGUCGGGGAUGUUGUACCUGCUGACUGUCGUCUGAUUGAGGUUCUGAACCUGGAAGUCGACGAGGCGUUGCUGACAGGAGAGGCUGUGCCUUCUUUGAAGACUGUGCAGCCGAUCGGGGGGAAGGAUGUCUCGAUUGGGGACCGCACCAACAUGUCAUACUCAAGUACUACGGUGGUGAAGGGGAGAGGGAAGGCGAUUGUGGUGAGCACAGGGAUGUCUACCGAGAUUGGAAAGAUUUCCAAGGCCAUCAACGAGACGAAGACGCAGUCCACUCCUAUGCAGAGGAAGCUUAAUCUGAUGGCCUACAUGCUCCUCGCAUUUGCGCUGCUGCUUGCGCUGAUUGUGUUUGCUGUAAACAAGUUUAACUUCAGUACUGAGGUUGUGAUUUACGCCAUCGCGCUCUCGAUUGCUAUCAUUCCUGAGGGGCUGAUUGCAGUCAUCACGAUUGUACAAGCGCUAGGCGUGCGGCGUAUGGCCAAGCAGCAUGCAUUGGUGAGGAAACUGGUGGCGUUGGAAUCGCUUCAAGCAGUGACCAAUAUCUGCUCGGAUAAAACGGGUACGCUGACGGAGGGAAAGAUGGUGGUGACGAACGUUUGGCUGCCGGGACAUGAGUCUGAGUACAUUGUCGCUGGGCAAGGGUACGAGACUGUUGGCGACUUGUCCACUUCGGCGGGUGUCGCUGUAGUUAGAUCAGCGGCGCUGGAGGAUGUGAAUUAUCGAUUGCUGGUGGAGUGCUGUGCCUUGUGCAACACGGCGAACAUCGUCGAGGCAUCCGAGGGUAAAGUGUGGGGAGACCCCACUGAGAUCGCCCUCCAAGUGUUCGCAUAUAAAAUGGAGAUGGGUAUGCCCAUUCUGCGUAAACACAAGGAACUCGUUGAGGAAUUUCCUUUCAGCUCAGACACGAAGCGGAUGAGCAUGGUAUGCCAGACUGAGUCGGGAAACUUCUUAGAGAUUUUCACGAAGGGUUCUGAAGUUGUGCUCAGUAUUUGCGACAACGUGAUGGAUCGGACUGGAGACAUACAUAGCAUCUCUGGGGACGAGGGGUUCUUGAAGCUCGUCUCAACGCAACAGGAGGAGAUGGCAAAGCAAGGUUUAAGGGUUCUAGUGCUCGCGUACGGGCAAGUAUCGGAGAGAUCCAUCGGCAAGCCCCUUUCAAAGUGGGAGCGUAACGACGCUGAGAAAAGCUUGACAUUCCUUGGUUUGGUUGGAAUCAGAGACACUCCUCGGGUCGAGUCUGAGCAAUCUGUGCGCAAUUGUCACCGCGCCGGUAUUACAGUUCACAUGCUCACCGGAGACCAUAAAGCCACCGCUAUGUCGAUUGCAAAGGAAGUGGGAAUCAUAGAGGAACCACAUGGGUCUGAGAUAGCGAAUGGUAAUGAAAUCGUCCCCUUGUCAGCAUCUGUCAUGACCGCGACAGAAUUUGACCAACUGACUGAUGAGCAAGUGGAUGCUCUGGUCGAUCUCCCUCUUGUAAUUGCGCGGUGCACACCCUCAACGAAGGUGAGAAUGAUCGACGCGCUCCACCGGAGAAAGAAAUUCGUGGCCAUGACCGGCGACGGGGUGAACGACGCGCCCAGUUUGAAGAAGGCCGAUGUGGGAAUCGCCAUGGGCGCAGGUAGUGAUGUGGCCAAGACAAGCAGUGACAUCGUGCUCACAGACAACAACUUCGCAACCAUAGUACAAGCCAUCGGCGAAGGGCGGAGGAUUUUCUCCAACAUCAAGAAGUUCGUGUUGCACCUGCUGAGCACUAACGUCGGACAAGUGAUAGUGCUACUGAUAGGUUUGGCUUUCAAGGAUCGGACGGGCACUUCCGUCUUUCCACUAUCCCCAGUGCAGAUUCUCUUUCUGAAUCUCGUCACGGGAACACCGCCUGCCAUGGCUCUGGGAAUUGAGCCGGCCUCCUCUUCCGUGAUGCAAGUCCCUCCCCACGUCAAAGGACUUUUCACUGUGGAGCUCAUCAUGGACAUCUUCAUUUUCGGCACCUUCAUAGGCAUCCUCGCCCUGGCAUCAUGGGUGCUCGUCAUCUACCCCUUCGGAAACUCCGACCUCGCCACUCUCUGCAACACCACCGCCAACUUACAAGAAUGCUCCACCAUCUUCCGCGCCAGGUCCACAGUUCAACUGUCCUUCACGUGGAUGAUCCUCUUCCACGCUUACAACUGCCGCCACCUCCGUGCCAGUUUGCUCACUGCUGAGGGAGGCGGCGCCUCGCGGUUCUUCUCCAACAAAGUUUUGGUUGCGAGUGUGUUCAUCGGUGCUCUUCUGCCCAUCCCCACCAUCUACAUCGGCACGCUCAACACGGAAGUCUUCAAGCAGGAAGGCAUUACCUGGGAGUGGAUCAUCGUGAUCGUCUCGGUGUUCGUCUUCUUCUUGCUAUCAGAGUUUUACAAGCUGCUUAAGCGUCGCUUCAUUAAAACUCCCUACAACAUGUGAUCAAUCACCUCCAACCUCAUGUUGCAGAAUCCGCACCCAUGCUGUUGCAUGAACCACUACUACUUCAUUUCUAUCCUUGAACCUGUAUUAUGUAGAUAGAUGAUGAAUGUAGAUAGAUUUGAUAUUAUCUUGAGGCAAAGCUUUUUAGAAGUUUCAUAGACAUGUUUGUUUCUAGAUAUAUUUGUAGUUGAUUGGUAGGUUAGAAACUUGGCCAAAAGUUAGCCACAUAUUGCACAUGCUAGUAACUUGUGCAUAUAGGAAACUUCUCUUACAAGUUAGAUAUAUGUCUUGCCAGUUGGACAUUUUUCAAAGGUCUUAUAGAAUGUCGCCAAGUAGCUUCUAAUUAAAGCAACAAUGGUGAAGCCUUCUUCAUUCAUGUCAAUGUCUUUUUGGUAUUUAAUCUUAUUUUAAGGCUUUCGAGUCUUUUUAUCUUUAGCAA